GCAGGAGUCACUCCUCGCUACCACCUUCGAGCAAACUCCCCGGCCGGCCAUGGCUUCGUCCGGGCCCGGCAAACAAGGCACCGCCACGGCGAAGAAGCACCUACGGGUGCUGCUGCCAUUUUCCCGCGACGCUCUGCGCAUCCCCGACGAGCUCGCCGGGGAAAUCGGCGCGGCGGAGGCCCUCGUCGUUGGCCCGGCCGGCGGCAAGGUCAAGUUCUGGUCCGUCGAGGUCGGGAAGGACGGCGACGGCGCGUUCCUGGGCCGCGGGUGGCCGGAGUUCGCGGAGGCCUGCGGCGUCGGCACCGGGUGGCUCGUCCUCCGCCACCGCGGCCGCGGCGUGCUAUCCGCCAAGGCGUUCGACGCCACCUGCUGCUUCAGGGAGCUCGGCGCUCCAGCUCCACCUGCAGGUGAAGCAACGGCAAGCAGCAAAGGUUCCACCCAUAAGCCACAGUUCAUCAGAGUGCUUCCAAAAGAUUUCAUGGAAAAGAUGCUGAUACCUGCUAAGUUUGUGGAACAGCAUAUCCCCAUGGAGCUACUUGAUAAUCGUACGGCCAUCGUUUUUGGCCGCUCUGGCAAAGUUUACAGCAUUAAACUCGAAAUGGGUUGGACGGGCGUGUUCCUCGCAGGUGGUUGGUCACAGUUUCUCAAGUUUCAUGACAUUACUGAAGCUAAUGCUCUGCUGCUACGGUAUGAGGGAAACAUGGUGUUUACACUCAAAGUGUAUGGGCCAAAUGGAUACCAGAGAGAGUUCAACCACAAGAAAACAGAGGUCGACAAAUGCAUGUCUCUUUUGUCUUAUCAAGUAUCAACAUUGCCAGAUAUUGAAGAGCAGCAGGAAGCACCAUCUGCUUCCAUUCAGAAGCAGCAAGAAGCAACAUUUGCUUCCAUUCAGAAGCAGCAGAGAGCACCAUCUGCUUCCAUUCAGAAGCAGCAGAAAGCACCGUCUGCUUCCAUUCAGAAGCAGCAGAGAGCACCAUCUGCUGCCAUUCAGAAGCAGCAUGAAGCACAACCUGCUUCCAUUCAGAAGCAGUAUGACAACAAUUUGCCAAGCAGUAAUGGAGAAAAGGAACCACAAGGCCCCACAGCAUCUUGGAACCAAACAUCAUUCAAGAUCGCGCCACCAUCAUCGAUAGAGAAGCAGAUUGAUGCCAACACACUUAAAAAUCAUAUUGUACAUAGUCUCCCAUGCAAGAAUGACAGCUACCAGCUCAGGAAGGGUUGGAGGAGGUUCUGCCGGGAGAAUAUUCUCAAGGAAGGCGACAUCUGCACCUUCAGUGUCAUCGAAAGCACAAUGUGGCACAUCACUAUCACCCGUUUACCAACAAUAACAGAUGCUCAGGAACAGCACGAAACACCCUUUACUUCCAGUAGCAAGCGUAAGAGCAGGAAUGAAAGCUUAAGUAGUGAUGAUCAAAACAAGCAAAAAGGCUCCAUGGCUUCUUUGAAGAAUGCAUCAUCAUGUGCUCAAGGUGUAUAUGUGAUUGGGCCACCGGCAUGGUUAAAGGAGAUAAGCACAAGAAUGAUUAAAAUAUGUAUUAGUUUUCCAGCGGCCUUCUGCAACGCGAUUGGUCUCCGGGAAGCUUGCACGGUCACAUUGAAGACCUCAUUGAGCAGCACCAGCUCUUGGCAAGUGCGUGUUCUCCCAUACAAGGAUACCAGCCACCAGGUUGGGUCAGGCUGGAAGAGCUUCUGCGAGGAGAACAUGAUCAAGGAAGGUGAUGUAUGCACCUUCAAUGUCAUUGAAAUGAUGCUCUGGCAUGUCGUCAUAGACCGUUGUUAAGCUUCGACCUGACAUCAGUGCAUCUGUGACUUUAGUUAAAACCACUGGGAUGCUAAUAUGAAAUAUUCAAGUUUCUCAAUUACGCAGUUAGUCAGCUACAUGUCAGAUGCUUUAACUGAAACAUUUCAUGUUAGUGCUGUCUGCGUAUGUCCCUGCUAGGUGCAUUUAAAUGUCAAACUUACCUGAUUAAUUUCAUGAAGUGCAUAUUAAUAUU